UGGCCGGCGGCGGCUGUGAGCGGUUGCUGGGGCGGCGGCGAAGAGCGUUGGGCUUACCUCACGGCUUUCCCGUGUCGUAACGCCUCCUCUGCCGGCUUCCUCCUCGCACCGCUGUCCGCUCGCGAGCCCACCGAUUCCGACAUGGCGACCUGCGACCCUAGCGUUACGGCGACCCGCAGUCCCAGCGUCGUGAUUAGUGAUGACGAACCAGGCUAUGACCUAGAUUUAUUUUGUAUUCCUAAUCAUUAUGUCGAGGAUUUGGAAAAGGUGUUUAUUCCUCAUGGACUGAUUAUGGACAGGACUGAAAGACUUGCUCGAGAUGUCAUGAAAGAGAUGGGAGGCCAUCACAUUGUGGCUCUCUGUGUGCUGAAGGGGGGGUAUAAAUUCUUUGCUGACCUGCUGGAUUACAUUAAAGCACUGAAUAGAAAUAGUGAUAGAUCCAUUCCUAUGACUGUAGAUUUUAUCAGACUGAAGAGCUACUGUAAUGAUCAGUCAACAGGGGACAUAAAGGUAAUUGGUGGAGAUGAUCUCUCAACUUUAACUGGAAAGAAUGUCUUGAUUGUUGAAGAUAUAAUUGACACUGGUAAAACAAUGCAAACUUUGCUUUCCUUGGUCAGGCGGUACAACCCCAAAAUGGUUAAGGUCGCAAGCUUGCUGGUGAAAAGGACCUCUCGAAGUGUUGGAUAUAGGCCAGACUUUGUUGGAUUUGAAAUUCCAGACAAGUUUGUUGUUGGAUAUGCCCUUGACUAUAAUGAGUACUUCAGAGAUUUGAAUCAUGUUUGUGUCAUUAGUGAAACUGGAAAAGCCAAAUACAAAGCCUAAGACGAGAGUUCAAGUUGAAUCUGCAAAGAUGAGGAGUCCCUUUGAUGUUGCCAGUACAAUUAGCAAGCCUUCUAGCUCUGCAGCCAUCUGCUUAGUACAGCUUUUUGCAUGAAACUUCUACGAAUUUUAUGUUUUUUAUUUUUAGAAAUGUCAGUUGCUGCAUUCUUGAUCUUUUUAUUUGCACUAUGAGCCUAUAGGCCAACUAUUGGUUCCCUUUGGUAGAUUGUCGCUUACCUUGUGAGCAAAAUAAAUCUCUUAAAUUACCACUAUUAAAUAAUACUAAGAUUGUAUCUGUAAGAAGCAUUUAAAGAGAAGAUAUAUUAGUUUUUUAAUUGGUAUUUUAAUUUUUAUAUAUCCAGGAAAGAAAGAUGUGAUUGAAUAUUGUUAAUCAGACCACGUGUGUUUAGAUCAGUCUGAAGCACUCAGCUUCAUGUCAGUACCCAUCUAAGAAGUUUUGCUCAGUGGAAUAAACAUGUUUCAGCAGUGUUGACUGUAUUUUCCCACUUGGAUUGUUUCAGUGAAUCGUUGUCAACAGUUCCUUUUAAAUACAAAUAAAUAAAUUCUAAAAAUUUA